UAAAUUAGGACAGAUAAGUAUAGCUUUAUUGUAUCCAUUAUAUAUGUAGGUAGUGUUUCCUAUUCUUUCUUCCUCACCUCCCAGAACAAACCACAUCAAGACAAUCUCCCACACAAUAAUUUUUCUUCUUGGAGGUUCAACUAGUCCAACUUCUUAUACACUAUUCUUUUCUUCUAAUCUUCCUCUCUACUCUUCAAUCUUGAACACUCUUCAUAUAUUUUUUUCAGAAAGAGUAGAAAAUGGCAAAUGAAAGUAUAGAAAUGGAAAAAGAGAGGCUAACAGCUGAGAUGAAUUUCAAAGAUUCAUCCUCAGUUGUUAUUAAAAUCCGGCAAAAAUUGCCGGAUUUUUUACAAUCAGUAAAGCUCAAAUAUGUCAAACUUGGUUAUGGUUAUUCAUGUAACCCUGUCACACUUCUUUUGGCUACGAUUUUGCCAAUGGUUGUCCUAACUCUUAUUCAACUGACCGAUCUAAAAUUAGACCGGUUUUACGAUACGUGGACAAGUGAUCCAACUUUACUCAUAAUUGACACUUCAACCGGUCUAACCGGUUCGAUAGUGCUCUUUUUCCUUUUAGGGGUUUACUAUGUCAAAAAACCUAGACCGAUUUAUUUGGUCGAUUUUGCUUGUUACAAACCCCAAGAUGAACGAAAAAUGUCCGUUGAUUCGUUCUUGAAUAUGACAGAAGGAAAUGGUGCGUUUCAAGACGAGACUAUAACAUUUCAAAAAAAAAUAUCUCACCGUUCUGGAUUAGGUGACGAGACGUAUUUACCCAAAGGGAUCACAUCCAACCCACCAAACCUCAACAUGAAAGAGGCACGUGCGGAGGCCGAGGCGGUCAUGUUUGGUGCAUUGGACUCAUUAUUUAGCAAAACAAAAGUCAAGCCAGAGGAAAUUGGAAUUCUUAUAGUGAAUUGCAGUUUGUUUAAUCCAACACCAUCUCUUUCCUCAAUGAUUGUUAACCACUACAAGCUCAAAACUGACAUCAAGAGUUACAAUUUAGGUGGAAUGGGAUGUAGUGCUGGCUUAAUUUCAAUUGACUUAGCCAAACAACUAUUAAAAGCAAAUCCAAAAUCAUAUGCUGUGGUUGUUAGCAUGGAGAACAUUACAUUAAAUUGGUAUUUUGGAAAUGAUAGGUCAAUGUUGUUAUGCAAUUGUAUAUUUCGUAUGGGAGGUGCAGCCAUGCUUUUGUCUAACAAGUCGAAAGAUCGAACCCGGUCCAAAUAUGAGUUGGUUCACACGGUUCGAACCCAUAAAGGAGCAGAUGACAAUAGCUAUAAUUGUGUGUACCAAAGAGAAGAUGACAAGGGUAUCGUAGGGGUGUCACUAGCUCGUGAACUUAUGGCCGUAGCUGGUGAUGCUCUCAAAACGAACAUCACCACACUAGGGCCAUUGGUGUUACCGCUUACAGAGCAAUUCAGGUUUUUCUUGACAUUGGUCAAGAGGAAACUCCUGAAAGCUAAAGUGAAGCCCUACAUACCGGAUUUCAAGCUAGCAUUCGAGCAUUUCUGCAUACAUGCCGGAGGAAGGGCAGUGUUAGAUGAAAUACAAAACAACUUAAGCCUAAGCGAUUGGCAUAUGGAGCCAUCAAGAAUGACUCUACACAGGUUUGGUAACACGUCGAGCAGCUCGUUAUGGUACGAGUUAUCUUACACAGAAUCAAAAGGAAGGGUGAACAAAGGAGAUAGAGUCUGGCAAAUAGCAUUUGGUUCAGGUUUCAAAUGUAACAGUGCAGUUUGGAAAUCACUAAGGGCUAUUGAUAGUAAUGAAGUGAAUGAAAAUGGUAACCCUUGGUCUGAUUGCAUUCAACGUUACCCUGUGAAAGUUGCCCUUGCCAAGACAUAGAGGCCUGGACGAUCGUCUAUCAAUUUAUGUGGCACUGAUUGAAUUUCGAGAGUCAAAUUACUUUUUUCAUGUUGAAUUUAAAUAUUUUAAGUUAUCAAUUAUUGUGAAUUACGGUGCUUUUUAUAUUGUUUUCAAAUAUAUAAAUUUUAUUUAUU